GGUGUCUCCCUGGAAUACUCUUGCACGUCUGUGUCCAUACGGGAGCCUCAGAAAAGCCUCGCCAAAUUCGCCGCACACCGCGCUAAAUCGCCUCUGUGUUGUUUUAUAUUGACAAGUUGUCUCCUAUUUCAAUAUAAAUUGAAAUUUCAUGUAUUUUAGAUAAACAUAGUAAAAUCGAAGUUGUUCUGAAGCCGGCGGAUACUUGCUGCUGGCCUUUGGCAAGUAGUUUUUCUCAGAUAACCUAUUUUGCAGCCCUUGCUUUAGGUUUGCAUUGUCAUUACAAUUUUGACUUCAUCUGAGGAGCUCACGUCUGCAACUGAUAAUAUAUUUGAAGAUUCACUAACUUUAUUAAUACCAAGAUGGCUGGACGAGUUGUCAUCGACCCAUCGGCUAAGCACACAGCAACACUGAUCUUUCUUCAUGGCCUGGGUGACACAGGACAUGGGUGGGCCGGAGCCAUGAGCUCAAUCCGAUCCAACUACAUCAAGGUCAUCUGCCCAACUGCGCCCACGCAGCCGGUGACGCUGAACGCGGGGUUCCGUAUGCCGUCCUGGUUCGACCUGCGAUCACUGGAUGAAAAGGGGCCCGAGGAUGUCGCUGGGAUCCACUCGGCCCGGGACAGCGUCCACAGUCUGAUCGAGGACGAGGUGAAGGCCGGCAUCCCCUCCAACCGGAUCAUCCUGGGCGGGUUCAGCCAGGGCGGCGCGCUGGCGCUCUACUCUGCGUUCACCUACUCGAAGCCGCUGGCCGGGGUGAUGGCGCUCAGCUGCUGGCUGCCGCUGAGAAACGAGUUUCCCGGCUGCGUCACUGAACAGAACCGGCAGCUGCCUGUGCUGCAGUGUCACGGCGACUGUGACCCCCUGGUGCCGUACAAGUGGGGGCAGAUCACCACCCAGGCCAUCCGCAAGUUCGCCCCCCAGAUCGAGUUCAAAACGUACCCGGGAGUGAUGCAUUCGUCGUGUGAUGCUGAGCUGGCCGACAUGAAGCGUUUUGUCCAGACCAACCUACCGGCCCAGUAGGCUACAGAUGGUCCGCCGUCACAGGUUGUCGGCGCCGCCUGGUGCCGCUCCGUCAGCCUGACUGCUGCUGCUGCUGCUGCUGCUGCUGCGUCAACGGUCUAUGACUGCUGCCGCUGCUGCUGCUGGCUGCGACGGUGACCUACUGCUGCUGCUGUGUCAUCGACCUACCGCUGCCACAGCAGCAGCUCCUGUGUCGACGGUCACCAUGGUCCUAAACGCCGACUGUGUCCUCAGCGAUCUCACUGUGUCCCUGCCCGGCCGAGCCCCGCCGCCGUCUCCCUGGGACUCACUACCGUGUGCCAUGGUGCACUGGACUGCCAUCCUCGGGAGCUAGCGGCGGGUCGUGUCACUUGGCGUCCGGUGACUCUUGGACUGGCUCUGAGGACCCUUGGGUGGCUACACGACCCGACCAACAACCAUGGACCGAUAUAUCAACCCGGUGGCGGCGUCUGGUGUGCCAAACCCGGCGCCACCUGGAUCUUUUGGACGCUCCUUCCGGACGCUACCGAAGCAGCGGACUGUGUGCCGGUCUGUCUUCUUCAGGACAGGCCAAGCAGUCUGCUCAGGACUAGCUCCAUGCUCCAGAACACAUCAGUCCUUCGCGGUCAAUAUCACGUCCAAAGGAUGGGGAUAGGUGGGCGCGGGAGGCACUAGGGGAUCUUACCGUCUGGCCGGGCACUGUCAGACAUUCUGACAGUAAAAUCAGUCUCGCGGUCUAUCAGGAUAUUGUGGCUGUCGGGCGAAGGUAUGGGAAGAGGGAGAGGGCUGCUGUGGCAGCGGGGAGGAGGGAAGGGGAUUGGGAUGGCGAGCCAUCCGUGACAUAACUUAUGCAUUAUAUUCGUUCGAUUGUUUAUGUUUGUUUGGUUCGCAUGGCUGAUGUAUGCUACAUUGACGGGGUUCGAGGACAAUAUUUUGUGCUGCGUAAUCGUGUAUUCCUUCCUCUUAGCGGUUAAAUUUAUCCGACAAAGAGCGUCUUUUGUGCGCCAGGCCUUUGUCGACAAUCAUCGGCGGAUGAAACCUAGAGGUAAACGGUGUAUGUUAGCUUAAUUUGGAUGGUUAGCCUGGUACGUACAGUCGGUAUUCGUUAGUUCCUUGCUGCCACGGGAUGCGUAAUCCUGGAACAAAUGUCCAUCUACAUCGCCCGUAGACUAAAAAUACAUUGACUCAGUGGC